CAUAUGUACGAGGUGUCUUAUCACUGUAGAUCUAUGACUCCUGACGGCGAAGGCGACGCGAGGACCGUAGAAUCUUAGUGUGUCUCCUCUUUCGGUGAUAAAUACUCUCGUUUAAUGUAGCUUUUGAUGGUUAUGAAGAGGGAAGACGCCAGAAGAGUCGUGACACAGUGGAAAUAAUGGCGUCCCAGCAGGUGUUCAAGAGAUUGAAAAUCGUUAUUUUCGUCUGUUGUUGCGUUUGUUUAAGCUCUGUCAAAGGGAGCGCGGUGCAUUUACGUGUGAUAAAUGCACGAGAUGACGUAGAGUCUCCAACUGGCCCUGAAGUGGAGGUCACGUGGACACUUCCCCGUCAGGACCCGUCGGUGUCUGUGAUUUGGCACUCUCUCACUUACUCCUCACAGGUGACCGUGAAAGAAGUGGGCAACCACCAGCUGGAGAAAGGGAGAGAGAGCUUCACCAUCAGCGAUGGCUUGAAAUACAACCAACAAUAUCGCAUCUGCGUGCGCGUGGAGCCUGGGCCCUGUGACCAUGCCUCCGAGGCUUGCGGGUACAUCAUGGUCCCUAAACGACACCAGAAUAAGUCGCAGCCGGGUCGUCCAGCCUUGUACCUCGUUCUCAGUCCAGUGAGCAGUAAGAACCUGACGGUGCAGUGGGGAGAAGUUCCAGGCCAAACGCAGGCCAUUCGAGAGGCUCGGGCAGCCAAAGGUUACAGGAUCACUUGGCGAAGAGUGGAGGGUCUCAUAGGACACCCAGGCCAUGCUUCCAAUCUCGUGUCCAGCAGGCAUCUCAUCAAAGGUCUCAUCCCAGGCUCCAGGUACGAAAUCUGUGUUGGAGAAUCUUUAGCAAAUAACUACGAGCUGACCUGUGACGUCAUCACAACUGAUGAAGACGUUCCUGGCCCUCCUAUAACUAGUUACGGAUCGUGUACCAGCCAAGCUCAAGGGACACACUGGCGAUGCGAUGUCGUAUGGAAGCCACCUCGUCAAAGCCACGGGCGCAUCAAAGGGUACGUUAUUGAAUGGAAAGACAAGGAAGGAUACGUUCUAAUGGAAACGCUUCCGAAAGGCGUCCUCUGUGAACCCAGCUGUUAUCAAGACCAGAUCGUCAAUUUCCAUCCGUCCGAGGUCUGCGUGUCUGCAAGAACCAAAGCGGGACAGGGAUGGGAAAGCUGUGUUCCUAUAACAGAUGUGUCCGGCAGAAUACUUGCUUUCUUUGAACUGAAAGUAGUUUUAAUCAUAGCGAUAACUCUCCUGGGAUAUCAGCUCGGACCGGCGUUGCUGAAAGCGCUAUUUAAAUGCUGUGUCCGUGGGCUCCACAAACACAUGGAAGGUGAGAAAAAACAUCCCGUCUAGAAGAAAUAAAUGUGAAUCACUC